GAACUGUUCAGUUUAAAACGAUCUGCUUAAAAUUAUUAUUAUCGACAUGAGUUAUUACUACGACGAAGUUUUUAACAAUUCCGUUAACGACAACAAGUUCAACGACAAGAAAUCGAAGUCGGCGAUCCAUCAAAUCAAGAAGAUGAUUAAGUGUGUCUUGAGGAAAAACAACAAGAACACUUACGUCAAAAAUCCGCAGCCGAAUUACUACUACGACGAAGAGAUUAGUGACAAUAUCGCUAAUGAAAUUUUAGAAAAUGAAAUCUUCGAAGAUAUCGACAAUUGUGACGAAUUUUCCGCUGUUCCUGUUUACGAAAACGGAGAAAUGGACUUCCUGCCUGUGUCGAGAGGUCAACGAUACAUUCCUGUUCACUUUGCAAGAACUGACGCUGGUACAUUCUUCUGGACGUCAAUCACGGGACCUGACGCUGACAUUUGCUGCCACGGUGACAAGAAUGCAACGUCUAAUUACCAAGUUCCUCAGAUGCAAGUUCCGGCCGAUAGAUGGGCUCAAGCGUAAUCAUUUCUCAUUUAUAAAAAAAUGAUUUUCGUCCUGUGAUCGACCCAGUGCCUUUAAAACGAACUUUGUGAUUGUUGUUUGCUCAAGUUUUACUUUUUAAUUCUUUAAUUUUGACUGAAGUCAAAUGUGAUAUUGUAGUUUUAAAUUUUUAUUUGAUUUUUUGCAGAUUUUUUAUCUGAUAUUGUGAU